AUGUACGGGAGUUUUUUGUAUCUUAUUGUGGGAACUUUUUUCGCCAUUUUGCAACUUUCUGAUGCCACGAAAACUUCUAAUAGUACGAUGCCCGCCAUUUUCAUAUUUGGUGACUCGACAGCGGAUGUUGGAACGAACUCUUUCCUCCCCAAAACCAAAAUAAAAGCCAAUUUUCCUCACAACGGGAUAGAUUUUCCCAAUUCUAGACCUACCGGACGCUUCAGCAACGGCUUGAAUAGUGCUGAUUUUCUGUCCAAGUUAAUGGGACAGAAAAGAAGCCCGCAACCGUACUUGUUUCUUCUUAAAGCGGGCCUAAGAAAGCGGAUGUUUAGAGGUGUAAACUUCGCAUCUGGAGCAUCCGGUCUUUUGGACCAGACCGGAAAACACCUGAAUGUUGUAUCAUUGUCUGAGCAAAUCAAGCAAUUUGAGACGGUUCGUAGCAAUCUGACGUUAGUAAAGGGUCGAGGCGCAACUAAAAACAUAAUCGCAAACUCCGUGUUUGCCAUUAGUGUUGGGAGCAACGACAUUUUUGGCUACUUCGAAAGCCAAAGCACCAUCGAUCCUGCUGUUUUCAUUGGUUCAUUAAUGACGGCGUACGAGUGUCAUAUUGAGUCUUUGUACAACCUCGGAGCAAGGAAGUUCGGGAUCAUAGGAGUACCACCGAUCGGUUGUUGCCCGUCACAAAGAAUUCACAACAUCACUGGGGGAUGUUUGGAGAUCGAAAAUACUUUUGCUCAAAAUUUUCAUUCAGCGCUUGAUACCCUCUUGAAGAAACUCGCUUGUAAGCUAUCAGGAAUGAAGUACGCGCUCGGAAAUUCAUAUGAAAUGACGAUUAACGUCAUCAACCAUCCACAACUAUUCAAUUUUUCGUACGUUGAUAGAGCAUGUUGUGGCGAAGGGUGGUUGAAUGCCGAAAAAUCUUGUACACGAAAAGCAAAACUGUGCUCGAAUCGUAACGAAUACCUAUUUUGGGACUUGUUCCAUCCAACACAGUAUGCUUCCGAGCUCGCCGCUAAAACCUUAUAUAACGGUGGACCACAAUUUGUGACCCCGAUUAACUUUGCUCAGUUGGCAGCAUAUUGA